AUGGAGUCAUUCCAGGUCUCGGUGGAUGGCUUUCAAGAACGGAAAAGUAAAGACAAGCGUCCAUUACUAUUUUUGACUCCCAAAUUUAAAGAGAACAGGCCUCUUAACGCGAUUGAGCUUCAGAAGUUGCUGGGCUUAUGUUUUCUGCCACAACACUAUAAACAGUGGCCUAAGUGGGCUAUAUUGAAACGUCCUCUUCUGGUUAAGUCGGUCGUCCUAAUCGAGUAUGAUGGGUUUCCUGGGAGUAUUUCUGAUUCAUGUUUAAUAAAGUAUGGUCCUCACAAUGUAAUUCACUUCAUCCAGACUGUUCGUUUCCUUUCUCCCAUAAAUUAUGAGUCCUCUUGGGAAUACGAACUUCUAACGGUUCCCUCGUCUUAUCUUAGUGUUCACGCUCGAGAAAUGGCCCACUCCCGUAAAGCUGUCACUACUCCUGUUGGCCCGAAGCGCCCGAUAGAUCCGUCAAUGGUUUCGCUCUCCAACCUAAUUCAAAACAAACCUUAUAAGGUGGCGAGGCUGGAGUCAAAACAACCGGAGCCUGAAGCUCCAUUCCCAUUUCCUGAGCCCCUAAGUGAGGAUGUUUUUGACCGAACUUCAUUGCUUUUGAGUUUGGAACAGAUGAUUGAAGAGCAGAUACCGCUACCCAAGGAAGAAGCAGGUUCGAGUUGGCGAAGUCCUUGGUCAAAGUUCGUCACUCUGAAGGAGAAAUUCGAGCCGGUGACUGCGCAGAGCCCGAUAUUUGCACUGGAUUGCGAAAUGGUUCAGACUACUAUUGGCAAUGAGUUGGCUCGAGUCACACUAGUUGACGAGAUUGGUUGCGUCCUGCUGGACAAACUCGUGAAACCACACAAUCCGGUGGAGGAUUAUUUGACUCGGUUCAGCGGCAUUACUCGUGAAAUGCUAGCGAGCAUUGAUACCAGAGUGGAAGAUGUUCAAAAGGAACUAGGUCAACUCAUUCCCGGUGAUGCAAUUCUUGUGGGUCACUCAAUCACAAAUGACCUAAAGGCCCUAAAGAUCUUUCAUCCCUAUCUCAUCGAUACGAGCGUGAUCUACAACAUGUCGCAGGUGCGAUCGGGCAAACCACGAUUGAGGAAUCUAACGCGAGCCUUUCUUGGGCAAACCAUUCAAAGCGGACGCAAGGGACAUUCCUCAGCAGAGGACGCAAAGGCCACCUUGGAUCUUGUUCGCCUAAAACUCAGCCAAUCUCUUGAAUUCGGUGACGUUACAACGCCUUGGCGAUUCCCGGAGGAUUAUCUCCAACCUUCAACGGAGAAGACCGUUGAUACAAAGAUUGAACAGCAGCCUCCAUCCAAACCUACAAUUGCUAACCUGACCACACUUCUGGCUAGGGGCGCAUUCACAGUGCCGGAGACACUGCGUCCCUACCUCGCGUUUCUCUGUCGUAUCUACACCGAUCCUACGCCACCCUUUCACCUGACUGAUCAUCUAUUAGCUGACCUAAAGGUCACCAGUUGUGUGCAAAUGGAGAAACCGGCGGUAGUGGGAGUAGAUGCGGAAGAGAAGGAGGGGAAGAAAGAUGAGAUGUGCACGAUGCGGCCCUUCCUCAAGCGUCCCGGGAAGAAGGCAGCCAAGUGGAUUGCAGAGAAUGCGCAGAGGGUGAAAUUCCUCAUGACGCGAGUCGGCCGGCCGGAGAAAUGGGACAAGACAUGCUCUCCACGACCACCAUUCGUCUUCGGCUAUGACAAGUCUUCCUAUCCUGCUAGGAACGGCAGUAGAUUUCGAGGAUUGAUUGGACAAGUUCUACUAUGA